AAAUCAAAACCCACCAUCAACGCAUCUCUUUCUCUCUCCUCUUCAGAUUCCAUUCCACAAGCUCGGAAAUCCCAAAAGACCAAGGUCUCUUUCUCCUCGUGCGAUUUUGUAUCGACUUUUCACCUUCUUCUUUCUUGAGAGUUCCAUGAAAUUAGGGUUAUUUCUUCCACGAUAGGCUUUCUGGCCGAGAGGAGAGAUUCAGUUCUGUUUUUUUUUUGGCGGAUUUUUUACUGCUCGAGUGAUAUUUUUUCUACUGAUUUUGCGAUCUGAGUGUAUUCCUGAUCGGAGACGAGAGCGAUGAUUUAAUCGUGGAUUUGACUGGACGAAAGCUUUUUCGGUUAAACAAGUCAAUCAAGUCUUUUCUUGGUUUCAAGUUUGUGAUCUUCUUCUUCCAUUGAAGAAGAACGAUCUGGUGAAAGAUGAUGAUGUUCAACGAGAUGGGAAUGUGUGGGAACAUGGAUUUCUUCUCCUCUGCAUCACAAGCUGAACCGGAAGAACCGACUGUGGAGGAUGACUGUACGGACGAAGAGAUGGGUGUUGAUGAACUGGAGAGGAGGGUGUGGAGGGACAAAAUGCAUCUGAAACGUCUCAAGGAGCAAAGCAAGAGCAAGGAAGGAGUCGAUUCUGCCAAGCUGAGGCAGUCUCGAGAGCAAGCGAGGAGGAAAAAGAUGUCGAGGGCUCAAGAUGGGAUCUUGAAAUACAUGCUGAAGAUGAUGGAAGUGUGUAAAGCUCAAGGCUUUGUCUAUGGGAUCAUCCCCGAGAACGGAAAACCUGUGACGGGUGCCUCUGAUAAUCUCCGCGAGUGGUGGAAGGAUAAGGUGAGAUUUGAUCGGAAUGGUCCGGCUGCUAUAGCAAAGUACCAAGCCGAGAAUAACAUUCCAGGCAGUAACGAGGGCAACAGUCCCAUCGGGCCGACACCACACACGUUACAAGAACUUCAAGAUACGACUCUUGGAUCGCUCUUAUCGUCUUUGAUGCAACACUGUGACCCUCCACAGAGGCGGUUUCCAUUGGAGAAGGGAGUUCCUCCUCCAUGGUGGCCUUCGGGGAAGGAGGAAUGGUGGCCUCAACUCGGUUUGCCAAAAGAUCAAGGCCCUCCACCUUACAAGAAACCCCAUGAUUUGAAGAAGGCAUGGAAAGUCGGUGUCUUGACUGCAGUCAUCAAGCAUAUGUCACCCAACAUUGCUAAAAUCUGCAAGCUUGUGAGGCAGUCCAAAUGCUUGCAAGACAAAAUGACGGCCAAAGAGAGUGCUACUUGGCUUGCAAUCAUCAACCGAGAAGAGGCCCUUGCACGAGAGCUUUAUCCCGGGUCCUGUCCUCCUCUUUCUUCAUCCGGAGGAAGUGGACCGCUUUUCACCAAUGACUGUAGUGAGUAUGAUGUUGAAGUUGUUGACAAUGAUCCCAUUUAUGAUGUCGAAGAGCACAAACUAGAGAACGUGAUCAGUCCUCCGAACUUUGGGAUUGCUAAUAUGCAUAUGGUCCAACAACAAUUCCCUGUUAAGGAAGAACUCACCGCCGGUAACGUGGUAUUCGUGGGUAAGAGGAAACCAAAUGGCGAUCUAAACUUGGCCAUGAACAGAAGAACCUUCGUUUGUGAAAAUCCUCGGUGUCCCCACAGCGAAACCAAUCUUGGAUUUCUAGACAGGACUUCAAGGGACAACCACCAACUGGUGUGCCCAUACCGAGACAGUUGUUUACCUUAUCGAUCAUCCAAGUUUCACGUCAGCGAAAUAAAGCCAGCAGCUGUACCACAACCCUUUACUCAGCCAAAGCCAGUGGUUCAACCCAUCGACCUAACAGGCUUCGGGGUUUCAGAAGAUGGGGAGAGGAUGAUCUCCGAGCUCAUGGCUAUGUAUGACAGAAACGUCCAGAGCAACCAAGCUUCUUCAAUGGUGGAAAAUCAAAGCAUGACGCGUCAGCCGAAAGCUCCAAAUCAUCAAGAACAACAGAUCCAUUUCAACAACAGCGAUGGAAACAUGAUCGAAGGAAGUUUCUUUGAAGACUUGAAUAUCCCAAACAGCAACAACAACUGCAGCAUCAGCAGCCGCAACAACCAAAUGUUUACACAAGGAAACAGCGGUUUCAACAACAACAACAUCACCGACAACAAUAACAGCAGUGGAAUCCAGCUUGUGUUCGACUCUACACCAUUCGAUCUGACAUCAUUUGACUACAGAGGCGAUAUGCAAGCAGUGGGGAUGGAGGGUAUGAUGCCGAAGCAGCAAGAUGCAUCGACGUGGUUCUGAAGUAAGUCAUUAUGUAGAAUCUUAUCAUGUAUGCUAAUCUGUAAAAGCAACUUCUACUUACCUUGUCUUGUAAUGAAAACUCUUACAAAUAGUAUUUGGUGGUGCUGUCUGGCCGGUGAAUCUCUCGACCUGCCUUGAAUCUUAAUUGUAGUUUCCCUAAUGUUGCUUCUUGGGAACUCUAUUGGGACUUGCAUUGUCUAACAUUGUAAGUUUUUCCACCAUAUGUUAAAUCCAUGUUUCUGAUUGCAUA